UUGAAGUGGUACAUUUUAUUAUUGGGCUUGGUUGGAACAUUUUCCCGCCAAUUGUGAUUGUAACGUCAUUUCAGUUGCUUCAUUCGUAUUUUUCCUACAUUUCUUUGUAUCACAAGGGGAAGUUUUAAAAUACUAAUAGGAAUCAUUCAGAGUUAAAGAUUUAUCUAAGUUUAAGUGUUAACAGCAAUCAUGGUGAACAAAGCUAAGUUGGUUGUCCUGAAAAGAGGGGGGAGACAGGAAGAAGUGCAUAUUGACAAGAUUACUUCAAGAAUAAAGAAAUUAUGUUAUGGUCUCAACAUGGAUUUCGUAGAUCCGGUAUCUAUUACUCUAAAAGUCAUUAAUGGCAUAUACUCCGGGGUAACAACUGUAGAGCUGGAUAACUUAGCUGCUGAAACAGCUGCAACUAUGACAACUGAUCAUCCAGAUUAUGCACUACUAGCUGCAAGACUAGCCAUAUCUAAUUUGCAUAAAGAAACCAAGAAACACUUUUCUGAUGUUAUUACUGAUCUAUAUAACAUAAUUAAUCCACACACCAAAAAGAGGACACCAAUGAUUUCUGAUUUUCAUUAUAAUGUGAUCAUGCAAAAUAAGGAACGAUUGGAUUCUGCUAUUGUUUAUGACAGAGAUUUCAAAUACAAUUAUUUUGGAUUCAAGACUUUGGAACGAUCAUAUCUGCUAAAAAUUAACAAUAAGGUAGCAGAAAGGCCACAGCACAUGCUGAUGCGAGUUUCUAUUGGCAUUCAUGGUGAGGAUAUUGAUGCUGCCAUAAAUACAUACAAUUUGCUGUCUGAAAAAUAUUUCACACAUGCAAGCCCAACUCUAUUCUCAGCUGCAACACCUCGUCCUCAAUUAUCUUCUUGUUUCCUCAUUGCAAUGAAAGAUGACAGCAUUGAAGGGAUUUAUGAUACCCUAAAACAAUGUGCUCUCAUUUCUAAAUCAGCUGGAGGGAUUGGACUUCAUGUCCACUGUAUUAGAUCUAAGGGUACUUACAUUGCUGGUACAAAUGGCGUAUCAAAUGGUCUUGUUCCAAUGUUAAGAGUCUACAAUAAUACAGCUCGCUAUGUUGACCAAGGUGGUAACAAGAGACCUGGUGCUUUUGCUAUUUAUUUAGAACCAUGGCAUGCUGACAUAUUCGAAUUCUUAGAUUUGAAAAAAAAUACUGGUAAAGAAGAAGUGCGAGCAAGAGAACUCUUUUAUGCUUUAUGGAUACCUGACUUAUUCAUGAAAAGAGUGGAAACUAAUCAAAACUGGAGUAUCAUGUGCCCCCAUGAAUGUCCUGGACUAUCUGACUGCUGGGGAGAAGAAUUUGAGGCUUUGUAUGAGAAAUAUGAAAGUGAAGGCCGUUUUGUGAAACAAGUCAGAGCUCAAAUUUUGUGGAAAGCUAUAAUUGAAGCACAGGUUGAAACCGGAACACCAUACAUGCUCUACAAGGAUUCAUGCAACAGAAAAAGUAAUCAAAAAAAUUUGGGCACCAUUAAAUGCAGUAACCUUUGCACUGAAAUUGUUGAAUAUACUUCAUCAGAUGAAGUUGCAGUUUGUAAUUUAGCAUCAAUUGCAUUGAAUAUGUUUGUAAAUGAUAACAAAACAUACAACUUUAUGAAGUUAAAAGAAGUUACUAAAACUAUAACACAAAAUCUGAACAAAAUUAUUGAUGUGAAUUACUACCCAGUCCCAGAGGCAAAAAAAUCAAAUAUGAGACACAGACCCAUUGGAAUUGGAGUACAAGGCUUAGCUGAUGCCUUUGUAUUGAUGCGCAUACCAUAUGAAAGUGAAGCUGCAAUUAAAUUAAAUCAGCAGAUAUUCGAAACUAUUUAUUAUGGUGCACUAGAAGCAAGUUGUGAAUUAGCUGAGAAGUAUGGAGUGUACGAAACAUAUGAAGGUAGUCCUGCUAGUCAGGGCAUAUUACAGUACGACAUGUGGAACAAGGUGCCUACUGAUUUAUGGGACUGGGCAUCCCUGAAAGAGAAGAUUGCAAAACAUGGUCUCAGAAAUUCGCUUUUGUUAGCUCCAAUGCCUACUGCUUCCACUGCCCAAAUAUUAGGAAACAAUGAAUCUUUUGAACCAUUCACAUCUAACAUCUACCAAAGACGUGUUUUGUCAGGUGAGUUUCAGGUGGUGAAUCAUCAUCUACUACAUGAUCUAACAGUUGCUGAUUUAUGGGAUGAGGACAUGAAAAACUUGAUCAUUCAUAACAAUGGAUCUAUUCAAAACAUUGAAUCUAUACCUAAAGAAAUUAGAGAUUUGUAUAAAACAGUUUGGGAAAUAUCUGUAAAAACAACAAUACAAAUGGCUGCUGACAGAGGUGCAUUUAUUGACCAAAGUCAGUCUUUUAAUAUUCAUGUUGCUGAACCAAAUUACGGUAAAUUAACAUCUAUUCAUUUUUAUGCUUGGAAAAUGGGAUUGAAAACUGGUAUGUACUACUUGAGAACCAAACCGGCAGCCAAUGCAAUUCAGUUCACCGUUGACAAAACUAAAGUCAAAGGUAAGGUCACAAAUGGUAAAGUAGAAACGAAUGGCAAAUCAGACGUAGAUGAUGCAAAUAUGGCUGCUAUCACCUGCUCUUUACAAAACAGAGAUGAAUGUAUGAGCUGUGGUUCAUAAUUUUUUUUUUUUUAAGUUUCUGAAAUUUUGGCCUGCUGUUGCCAAAUGAGCCGUUCAAAUAUGUAUAACGUAAGCAGAUUUAUUACAAUUACGCCUUCCCCCUUGUCAGCAAAAGUAAGCAAAGCUCUUACCCCCUCCCCCAUACUUAUGUAAACAUUAAUUAUUAUGCUAUCGGCUUACUGACUGCGGGUCUGCGGAUGACGAGUAAGAGUAGCUCGCCGCCCGACCAGAUCCAGACCCGUGCGUGCGGCGCGUCGUGUUCCGCGCGCGCCUCUAAGAGCCAUUAGACCACCACAGGUGAGGCCCAGUAGGGCUGAUGCCUGAUCCGGAGCUGCGGACUACCUAGCGGGUUUACCGGGGCUCUGGCUCGAAAAGCAGGAGAAGGAACGGUGUGGUUUAGUCAGUGAGAGUCUGACACUCCCUCUCGCCUCGCUCAAGGCGAGAGAAGUCAUUAGAUGAUUUUCCAACGUCAAAAAAAAAAAAAAAUCGGCUUACUCACCUAACUGUUGAUGAGGAACUCGACUAAUUUCCAGCCAUGGCUCCUAUUCAUGAACGGCAUUCCGCAACUCACGGCGCGGCGACUGUCGCGCUACUACUGACAGCAAUAUUAGUAGCAGCGCGAAAAUUAUAAUAAAAUUGUAAGUACCAAUAAGUAAACAAUUUUCAGUUAAAACUAUUUUUAUAUUGGGUCCUAUAAGGUUCUAAAGCGAGUAUCUAAACGUAUGCGUACACACAAGGAAAACUUGCCAAUCGCAACUUGCAGAAAAGUAAAUGACUACUGAUGACGCAAUCAUAAUCUAGACUGCUACUCCCAAUGACAUGCAAAAUAAGUAAAACAAACACCUCCUCACCCCCUCAGUGAUUACGUAAUACUUGAACGGUCCCUAAACAAUUACAAUUACUUAUUAGAAUUAAUUGUUACUUAAGAAAUGUGUCCUUUUCAUAUUUUUAAAUAAUUUUGUAGAUAUAAUCUUGGAAUAAAUAAAAUAAAACAAAUUUGAAAUAGUAUUUUUUUUUAUAUCCACUAGACUAGGUGAUAAUAUUAGAUCUCCAGAUAUGUCUACAAUGAAUAAUUUGGACAUCUAAAUGUAUGUUUUAAAGAUCAACAUUUAGAUAUGUAUGACUGCAGUUUUAAUUAUUAUGUUCACUAAGUAAUUUAGCAAUAAAGGUAUCCAAAAAUA